AUGUCUACCCAAAAAGCCGUCGUCAUCGCAUCGGAGAAGCAGGGCGGUCUUGUCACCGACAGACCUAUCCCCGCCCUCCGAGAUGACUACAUCUUGGUCAAAACCGUCAGUGUGGCUCUGAACCCCACCGACUGGAAGCACAUCGCCUUCCUCGCACCCGUCGGCGUACUCGUCGGCUGCGAUUACGCCGGCGUUGUCGAGGAAGUCGGCAAGGACGUCAAGAAGCCAUUCAAAAAGGGCGACCGCGUUUGCGGGUUCGUGCACGGGUCCAACGCCGUGCAGCCCGAAGACGGCGCAUUCGCAGAGCACAUUGUCGCCAAGGGCGACGUGCAGAUGAAGAUCCCGGAUAACCUCAGCUUUGAAGAAGCCGCCACUCUGGGUGUCGGUAUCCUCACUGUCGGUCAGGGCCUGUACCAGAGCUUGAAGCUCGCUCUCCCCACUGAGCCUACCAAGACUGCUGCGACGGUCCUUGUUUACGGCGGCUCAACGGCCACUGGUACACUGGCUAUCCAAUUCGCCAAGCUAUCCGGCUAUACGGUUAUUACGACCUGCUCUCCGCACAACUUCGAUCUGGUGAAGAGUCUCGGCGCGGAUGAAGUUUUCGACUACAGGGAUCCCAACUCUGCCGCGAAGAUCCGCGAGUACACCAACGACAACCUCCAGCUUGUCUUCGACACGAUCUCUCUUGAAUCUAGCGCAAAGUUCUGCGACAAUGCGAUAUCUACCAAGGGCGGCGAAUACAGCGCCCUUUUGGUUGUUGGGAUUGAGCGUGAGAACGUCAAUGACCGCUGGACUCUAGGAUAUACCGCCGUUGGGGAGUACUUCGAGUUUGGCCAGACUCCGUUCCCUGCCAAGCCCGAGGAUAAGGAGUUUGCUGAGAAGUGGGUUCCUAUUGCGACAAAGCUUCUGGCGGAUGGCAAGGUGAAGGUGCAUAAGCCCAAGGUCUCCCCAGGAGGGCUGAAGGGUGUUUUGGAGGGCUUGGAGCUGUUGAAGCAGGAUAAAGUGAGUGGGGAGAAACUGGUGUAUAAUGUUGCGGACACUCCGUGA